CAUGCGCAGUGCCAACAGCAGCCCCUCUAACAAACAACAACAAUCGCUAGAGCGGGGCCAGAACGCAGGAUGGCUCCGUGACGCUCGUCUCUCGUGGUCCGUUUCUCCUUGCUGAGCCCAACCGCUGCUGUUUCUACCGGAGCUUGAACAUCGAUGGUACCGGACCCAUGAACCUGGCUAGUCAAAGCGGGGACGUUGGCGGAAGCCAGCUCCUCUUCGCCAACUUCAACCAGGACAACACGUCCUUGGCUGUUGGCACCAAGUCCGGAUACAAAUUUUUCUCUCUGUCCUCUGUGGACAAGUUGGAGCAGAUAUAUGAAUGUACGGACACAGAGGAUGUUUGCAUUGUGGAGCGUCUGUUCUCCAGCAGUCUGGUGGCCAUCGUGAGCCUGAAGGCCCCCAGGAAGCUCAAAGUCUGUCACUUCAAAAAGGGAACUGAGAUCUGCAACUACUCGUAUUCCAACACCAUCCUUGCAGUCAAACUCAACAGACAGAGACUGAUUGUGUGUCUGGAAGAGUCACUUUACAUUCACAACAUCCGAGAUAUGAAAGUGCUGCACACUAUCAGAGAGACUCCACCGAACCCUUCAGGAUUGUGUUCUCUUUCCAUUAGCAAUGAUAACUGUUACCUGGCGUAUCCCGGCAGCGCUACAAUAGGCGAAGUUCAAGUCUUUGACACCGUGAACCUGAGAGCCGCUAACAUGAUUCCAGCCCAUGACAGCCCAUUAGCGGCUUUGGCUUUUGAUGCCAGUGGAACCAAACUGGCCACGGCCUCAGAGAAGGGCACAGUCAUUCGUGUCUUCUCAAUCCCGGAGGGACAGAAACUCUUUGAGUUUCGAAGAGGAGUCAAGAGGUGCGUGAGCAUCUGUUCGCUGGCUUUCAGCAUGGAAGGCCUGUACCUGUCUGCCUCCAGCAACACAGAGACGGUCCACAUCUUCAAACUAGAGACACAGAAGGAGAAGUAUGUGCCUGCAGAGGAGCCCACCACGUGGGGCGGCUACCUGGGCAAGGUCCUGAUGGCGUCCACCACCUACCUGCCUUCCCAGGUCACAGAGAUGUUCACACAGGGACGAGCCUUCGCCACCGUGCGACUGCCCUUCUGUGGCCACAAGAACAUCUGCGCCUUAGCUGUGAUCCAGAAAAUCCCCAGAUUAUUGGUUGCAGCAGCGGAUGGGUAUUUGUAUCUGUACAACCUGGAUCCACAAGAGGGAGGAGAGUGCACACUCAUGAAGCAGCACAGGUUAGACGGCAGCACUGAGCCGCCUAAUGAAAUCCUUGAGCAGGGAUCACAUGAUCGCCCACUUGUGGCCCAAACCUACAGUGCUGCUGCGACUAAAGGUUACUGCGAAGAACAGGGUGCCGUGGGGGGGGCGGGCUUAGAAGAUGACCUCAGUGACUUGCGUUUGGAGGAAGAGAACGAGCAGCCGCCACUCAUCCUGGAAACCGACUGAGUUAACUGUACCCACCAAUCAGAGGGCUCCUCUGGUGCUGCUAUGAACACGAGACCCGAGGGGAGCAGGGGCAGGAUCGGAGAUGGGGGGGGUGUUUUUAAACACUCGCAGUGAGCCUGUCUGUGCAUCCAUCACUUCACAUACAUGUCUGUGUUUCUGCCUCUUCCCUUAGUUUUGCCUGUGCAGGCCAAUUCACGCUUUGCAUGUACAUGUGCCAACUGCUAGAAACACGCUCCAAGGAGUAACUGAGUGUGUGCGUUGGAUGUUUGAUUUAAAAAAGAAAAAUGUAGCUGUGUCUCAGAUAAAGAGAGAGAGACACACACACACACAGAUGCAGACACUGUGUCUAAUGCCCGUGAUUGUGUAAGUGCCUCUCUGCCCCAGUGUCACGGCUUCUUUUGUUUCAAAGGGGGGAUCGUUGCAUUGGCUCAAUAAAAUCUGUUUUGAGUUUUUGAUCUUAA